CUUCCUGUUAUACUGUCACGAAUGCACUUUGCCGCAGGAAACUGGCGAAUUUGGCGACCGUUAUUCCAGUUCAAGAUAGGCUACUUGGUGGCCAGUUUGGGAAUUCCUUCAUUAUGUCUAAUGUCCAUUCCCGUCGUGUACUUCCUAAUGGCAUCGAAAAGGAAGACAUGGUCUGAAGCGCUUCAUGUUGUAGCUCCUCAUAUAAUGUUUACUUAUAUUUUCCCAGGCUACUUGGUGGCCAGUUUGGGAAUUCCUUCAUUAUGUCUAAUGUCCAUUCCCGUCGUGUACUUCCUAAUGGCAUCGAAAAGGAAGACAUGGUCUGAAGCGCUUCAUGUUGUAGCUCCUCAUAUAGUUUGCAUUGCCUGGUCUGAUGUAGCGAUGACAUUGCUUAUGAUAGGAUGGAAAUCAUUCGGUUUCCUUGAUUUGAUCUUGACUUCUUGUGUUGUAUCGCUACUGUUCUUCCCAACGUUAGCUGCGGCCGUUGUCGUGCUCUCAGUUGUAGCUAUGCAGAUAAAAAGUGCUAUAGAUAUUGUCAGUUGGGCCAAAGUCGCGAUUACGUUGAUCGUUUUGGUGUCGCCAUUUAUUGUCUCGAAGCUCUACAAUUUCCUCUCGAAUCGAUACAAGUUUUCUAUUGCGCCGUCAAGUCCUGAGCAAAGGAAGUGGAUAAUGUUGGGCAUCUACUUUACGUCUUUGUUAAUGGCCAUAUCAUUCCUUUACGAAGGGCAGAUGUCUUUCGACCCGGCUGCGGACUACACCAAUAUGACAUGGUUUGUUUAUCCCGUGAACCUUAUCGAGUCUUUUCUAGGAACGGCUAUAAAUUGGAAAGGAACCGUCCAGUCUGUUCGUGUGGUGAAUAUAGACAAUUCGUUCGAAACGCUUCUGGGUUAUUUGCCAGAAUCAAUCGGCCAGACACUUAGAUGUUUCUAUGAUAGCAAUCGAACUACGGCUGAUGCUGAAGGCAUGCGCCCUAACGAGUGUUCGCUUACGGAACACAAUGUGUACACGUUUGAGAUUGACGUAUCUGGUCCUUAUGGAGAACGUAUGGUCAGCAGCGCUAAGGGGCAGUUGGUGUUGAGCGCCAGUCAUGUAUUCUAUGAGAUGCUGCAAUUGGUAGAUGAAGUUGUUGUAUCAAAACUUGAAGCUGAGAGACAACAGAUUACAAUCUUGAAGCCUUGA